AUGGAAGUAGAAACUCUAGCAUUAUUAAUAGGAGUAGGGUUCGCUGCAGAAAAACUUGUAAUUAAAAACGAGAAGGUCAAAAAUAAGACUGCAAUCGUCGGAGCUAUAACGAUUUUGGCAUUAGCGAUUGUGAUGGGAAUUUAUUUUAAAAAUAAACCUCCAAAUGUAUAUCAAGAAUUAGGGAUCUCUCGAACAGCAUCGAUUGAAGAGAUUAAAGAACUUUAUAAGGCAGUAGUCAAAAAAACUCAUCCUGAUAAAAACCCAAGUCCUUCUGCACACCAAGAUUUCAUUGAUAUCCAAAGCAAAUAUGAAUAUAUAAAAUCAGAAGAUGCCAGAUUGAGAUAUGAACUUUAUCUUAAUACUAAAGAGCUGCAUAACAUUGCCUUUAAAACUGGAAUAUUUUAUAUAUACUGGCUUAUUUUAUCAAUGGCUAUAUCAAGAUCUAAAAAUGAUCUAGCUGGGUCUUACUCUGGAAUUAUUUUAGCAUUAUUUGGGAUUUAUGAGUUUAAAGUAAGAGUACAAAAACAAUUUAUAAUUUUCUUGAAUUUCAUACCACUUACAGUAGCAGAACAAAUGGAUUUGUUUAAAGUUUCGUUUUCUUGUAUUGCUCUAGGGUUACUAAUGUGAAACUCACUAAAAAUACAAGAAGUCAAAACUAAGAAAAGACAGGAAAUCAAUGAGCUUGCAAAAAAUGAAGAAAUAACGACAAAGUUAAAGAAAUUUUAUGAAAAAAAUUUAAAUUCUGAAGGAGAAAUAGGAAAUAUGAUGAAAGAAAUUACAAAAGAAUUCGAUGAGUGGAAAAAGAAGAAGCAAAGUAUGUGGAAGAAAUGGCUGGAAGAGAUUAUAAUGAUGGUUUUGAUUGCCAGGUUUCUAAAAUAUCAAUUUGUGGAAGAGGAACAAUCUGAAUAG